AUGUCUUCAAUCAAGAAUGUCCUUUAUUUCCAAGCUGGACUAGGAGUCCUAUCCAAUAUUUUUCUGCUGAUUUUCUACAUCUUCACAAACUCAAGUCACAGACCUAAGCCUGUGGACCUGAUCUCCUGUCAACUGACCUUUAUUCAUAUAAUUAUGGUUCUCACUGGAUGGGAUAUUUGGCUUGAGGACAUGUUUGAGUUCCUGAACAUUCAGAAUGACUUCAAAUGUAAGGCAACUAUUUACCUAAACAGGGUGAUGAGAGGCCUCUCUAUCUGUGUCACCUGCCUCCUGAGUGUGUUCCAGGCUGUCACAAUCAGUUCUAAUACCUCACUGUUGGCAAAAUUUAAACAUAAAUUAAAGAAAUAUGUCAUCUAUGCUUUCUUCUAUUUUUGGUCUUUCAAUUUGUCUUUCAGCAUUAAUCAGUUCUUCUCUGUUGGUGCUUAUACCAAUAUAAGUGAGACCAACCAGAUGAGGGUCACUAAAUAUUGCUCACUCUUUCCAAUAAACAACAUCAUAAGGGGAUUGAUUUUAACAAUAACAACUUUAAGAGAUGUGUUUCUUGUAGGAGUCAUGCUGACCACAAGUGUGUACAUGGUGAUUUUCUUGUUAAGACGUCAGAGGCAAUGCAAGCAUCUGCAUAGCAGCAACAACAUGAGAGCAUCCCCUGAGAAAAGAGCCACCCAGACCAUCUUGAUUCUGGUGGUCUUCUUUGUGGUCAUGUACUGGGUGGACUUCAUCAUCUCAUCUACUUCAGUCCUGAUAUGGAGGUACAACCCUGAUAUCCUGACUAUUCAGAAGUUUGUGAUGAACUCAUAUCCCACAAUUACGCCUUUGGUACAAAUGAGUUCUGAAAACAGAAUAAUCAAUAUGCUGAAAAACUUUUGGCCAAAAUUCCAACAGGCUUUUUAA